AUGCUGCGGGAUCGACUAGUCUGUGGAAUCAGCAAUGAUCGCAUUCAACGAAGAUUGUUGGGCGAACGGGAGCUCACAUUCGAAAAGGCGGUGGAAAUCGCUACAGCAACCGAAAUGGCUUCUAGGAAUGUAAUGGAUUUAGGCGGGAGGAUGCCCAGCAGCGACAACAAUGUCAACAAGGUCGACGAAGGAAUUGCACCUCCAAAGUUUCAGCCAAAACAAGAGUGCUAUCGCUGCAGUGGAAAACACGAUCCCUCGAGCUGCAAAUACAAGAAUGAAGUGUGUUACAAAUGUCCAAAGAAAGGCCACAUGGCAAAAGUAUGUAAAGGAAAGAAGAAACCACAAAAGCAAGGAAGACAUGGGCGCCAGCCGGAUGGUAAACAAAGAACGCAUUUUGUCAAAGAAAGCAACGAUCAAGAUGAUGUCUAUGCCAUGAAUCAUUUGUCCAGCGAUCGAAAGAAAUCGCUCAAAGUGGAUCUGGAACUUUGUGGACGGAAAAACACGAUGGAAAUCGACACAGGUGGGUCAAAGACGAUAUUAAAUGAAGCAACGUACGGAAGAUGGUAUCCGGUCGUUUCGCCUACGGGUCGUUUCGCCCACGGUCUGUUCCCCUACGAAUAGAGUCGAUUCGCCUACGUCUUAUAUGUCAGUUCGCCUACGAGUCAGAUGUUGAAGCUUUAAAUCGGAAUUAUUAAAAGUCUUUGUUCCUUGUAUUAUUCCUUCCAUUCUAUCCUCGAUGGCUAGAAAAACAACGCACUAAAACAUCUAAGUUCGAAUGUUUUUAAAAACUUUAUUAUGGCGGAACCCAGUCGUCUACAAAUGUGUGAAAGAUAUUUUGCUUAAAAUGAUUUAAGAAACGUGCGAUUGUAAAACUGAGCAUUAAGAUGUGUAUUAAAAUGAAAUUAACCACCGUUUACGGUCUUUGUGUGGUCGUGUAAAGCGCGAGCAGAGCAGUAAACAAACCACUGUUUACGGUCUUUGUGUAGACUUGUGAAGCGUGAGCGGCGCCUAAACUAAAGAAGGUGAGACUUUUCAUUAACAUAUACGAAUCUGCUCUACCAGAGUUGUCAUUACCCGUUUCAUCGCCAUCAGACCUUGGAACAGUCGUGGAAGUGACUAUGUUCUCUGCCCCGCCAAGCCCUCCAUCGGGUACAAGGAUUGAGGAAGGUAGCUAUAUAUAUAUAUAUUGUAUAUAUAUAUUAUUAUAUAUUAUAUUAUAUAUUAACUAUAUAUAUAAUAUACACACAGUUUUGUGUUUUUCCCAAAGAGGCCCCUAUAGGAUAUACUUAGAUAUACUAAGUGUUUACUAGAAACGCCAGUUUUACCUAUUAGUCAACUCUGAAGUUAAACAAAAUAGACAAUACUACUUUACAACUGAUGAACUGAUGAACUGAUGACCUACAUUGUAUAACCUUGGACUAUCAUUUUUCCCUUAGAGCCAAGUCCCGGCAUCAUUGAAUCUUCCAUCGAAGAGCCUCUCCUGGGAGACGACACUGACACGGCCAACCCAAACAAUCACGUAACAUUCCAGCUAGUAGAAGAAGGGAGUAAGCGUCGCAAAACGAAACUAGUGGAUAGCUUGGGAUACAGCUACAACGUCAGGUCCAAACGGUCUUAUGCAACAUAUUGGCAAUGCACGGUUCGUCCUCGAGGAAAUGCUUGCAAGGCUACGGUAAUCCAACAGGAUGGAACUUUUCAAGCGGGGGCCAACGCCCAUAACCAUUCUUCAGAACCAGGGGCAGUGACAGCAGCCAAAAUCGUAAAGUUGGUAAAAGAGAAGGCUCUGGAGGAUAAGUUCAAGCCAGCUUCAGCAAUAGUGGAAGAGAUAUUUAAAUUGCACCUUACUGACUUACAAGUGAACUCAGCUAAUGGGAAAUUUUCGAAUCCGAAGUUUUCUAAUACCUAAUUUUCUCUGUCGUAAAUAUUUGACAAUUUAAAACAUUCUACAUAAACUUUUCAAAGACUUUUCAUUUUUGAGAAAAAUAGCUGAAAGACGGUCCACUUGAUAAUUGUUAAGUAACGUUUUUUAUUUUCCUUUUUUUUUUUAAGGUCUUGUUGAAUGAACUGAACGCGGGUUGUCCAGCACUCUCUAAGCCGGAGCAUAUUGCUCGAGCUGCAAACCGUUUACGGGAGAGACUUCACCCGGAGGAUCCAAAGGACCUCGACUUCGAAAUAAUGAAAGACUGCAUUCCGCAAGGGUUCUUCCAGGCAGAAGUUUACCUCAAGGAAAGAAGACAUCUCAUCUUCGCUACAGACGAACAACUUACGACCCUCGCAAAAGCCAAGUCUUGGUAUCUUGAUGGUACUUUCAAACUUGUGUGCAAACCUUUCCAGCAGCUGGUAACGAUUAAUGCCUUCGUUCGCUGUAGCGAUCACGCAAAACAAGUACCACUGGUGUUCGUCCUCAUGUCCGGGAAGAGUACGAAAGACUACAAAAAGGCCAUUAUCUAUUUAGAGUUAUAUAUGUAUCCUAAAGCAUAGUGCAAUAAAAUUUCUGGCAUGUAUAACAUCAUUUCUUUUUCUCUUCACAAAAUUAGGUAAUGAAGAAAAUAAUCCGCAUCCUGCCAAUUCAGACCAGUGUCCGGCAGGUCACCCUAGACUUUGAAAGGGCUGUCUGAAAGGCGCUUAGAUCCAUCCUGCCAGCAGUACAGCUUCAGGGCUGCGUGUUCCACUGGACCCAGGCUCUUUGGAGAAAGGUUAGUUCAUGUCAAGCACUCUUUUUUCCCUGCCGAAAAAAAAGGUGAAUAAAAGGCAAUAAACUGAUUAUUAAAGUUUAUUAAACAAAUUGUGAUUUCACAGCUUUAGCCUUUUUUAAGAAACAAAUAUAUACAACUGUUAGAACGCAAGUGUCAACCAUUAUAAUCAACCUGUGUAUCAUCAGCUUUAGCAGUCCGUUCGCUAGUCGUACGUUUUCCUUAAAGCCAAAAAUUUUAACUUUUUGUCUAUGCCAGGUGCAAGAGCUUGGCCUCCAAACUGCAUACAGUAAUGAUGAAGCAACGUACCGGUUCAUAAGGAAACUAAUGGCCCUCCCGUUCCUCCCUCACUACGAGAUCAGACCAAUGUUCGUGCGCCUCAGCGUUCUGGCACAUACCCAGCCCCUCCACAAUCUUACUGACUACAUCCAGGAGCAGUGGAUUGAGAGCACCAUCUUCACCCCAAAAGAUUGGAGUGUCUUCAAGCAGCCGAUCCGGACCAACAACAAUAUAGAGGGGUGGCACAACGCCCUGAACCGCCGAGCCGGUGGCCAAUGCAGAUUACAGUUUUACCUCUUAAUCGAACUUCUUCAUCGAGAAGCCCGCUUGACGUCAAUAACAAUCAAGCUUGUUUCAGACAAGAAGUUGAAGAGAAUACAGAGAAGGAAGUACAGGCAACUCCGACAGAAAUAGAUAGCAAGGGUUACAUGUGAAUUAUUUUAUCACGGGGCGGGUGUCACUAGGACAACCCACACGUUCCCGCAUGUAAUAAGUGUAUUAGAAUUAACACAGAGUGCGGAGGAGUAACAUAUUUUGUAGUUAAAUUUUAUGAUCGCUGACGGUUUGAUUGUCAAUUAUACAGUUUACACAGGGUGAAUUGAACGAUCGGCUCAGUAAACUUUUCACCUCGCCUACCGUCACAAUGAACUCCUCUGCGCCCUGUGGAAUUAAACGCGAAUGAUCUGUUGUUUAAGGGGCAGGUGUCACUCGGAUAACCUAUACGUCCCCGCAUGUAAUAAGUGUAUUAGAAUUAAAAUGUCACGAAAUGAGUACGCUUCAUGGUUACUGAGUGUAAUUGGAGAACCGUGUAAUUCGCAACUCAGAAUAUGCGAUAUUUACAUAACUUGUUUUUACUCGAACGAAGAUGAAUCAAAUUAGAACAGAAAUUUUCAGGUAAACGAAUGCUCCUUAUUUACAAUUAUUUAACUUUGAUAGGCUUGACUUUAUGAGUCACGCUCUAGGAAUUGAAUCGACCAACUAGGAUCUGAGCGCGAUUGCACAUAAAGUAGAUGAAUCAACUGUUGUAACACAUGUUUUAACACGUAGGCGAACUGACAUAUGAAACAUAGGCGAAUGGACUCUAACUGUAGGCGAACAGACCGUAGGCGAAACGACCCGUAGGCGAAACGACCGUAAUUCCGGAAGA